AUGGCUGAUGGUACCAAGUUCCUCCUAUUGUUUCUCCUCCUAAACAGCUUAACAUUGUGCUUUUGUACUAAACAAGAUAUUCGGUGCCUGAAGUCUAUGCAACAGUCAGUGAUUGAUCCCAAAAGUGUACUCAAAUCAUCUUGGAACUUUGAAAAUGAAACCGACGGUUUCAUAUGCCGCUUUACUGGUGUGGAAUGCUGGUUCACAUAUGAGAACAUGGUUCUCUCUCUGCGUCUCGGCAACCUAGGACUUCAAGGUGCAUUUCAUCAAGGUCUUCAUGAUUGUGCAAGCAUGAUAGGCCUGGACCUGUUGAAUAACAAUUUUUCAGGACCAAUCCCACCCGACUUUUCACGGCAGGUGCCGUAUCUGACAUCUUUGGAUCUUUCAUACAAUAGAUUUUCGGGAUCAAUCCCACAGAAUAUCUCAAUUAUGACAUAUCUGAAUCUCCUCAACCUCCAACAUAACCAACUCAACGGUCAAAUUCCACCGUAA